AUGUCCGAGGAAGCUUCUCACAGUAAGAACAAUGCCAACGAUGGGUCAGAUAAUGAGGCCGACGGUGGCGUACGACGGAACUGGGAGGCAUCGUUCUUGGCUCUGCUCGACUACAAGAACAUUUACGGCAACACGUUGGUUCCGUCGGCCUACGAGCAAGACACUGCCUUGGGCCAUUGGGUCCGCAAACAGAGGCGAUACGAGUCCUCGGGAAAGUUGCCUCCCGAUAAGCGUCAGAGAUUGGACGCGAUUGGAUUUGUAUGGAAGCUUCGCGGUGAGCAACUUCCAGAACGACAGCCGUCUACCAGACGUCAACAAAAAAACCAGCAAACAAAAGAGUAA